AGCUCAGAACAAUGCCUCCACGCCGCAGCAUCCACCACAGCACCCGGGCGGAGGUGUGCAGCUGAAGCAGAGGAUGGCAGGAGACUUUUGUGUUCACAUGGACCACAACAUGGAGACAGGAGUGACGCCCAGUGAGGUGAAGAAGCUCCCAAAACACCUGAGGGAGGCGCAGAGCUCCACAGAUCGUACCCAUCUGAUCGCAGACUCACUGAAGAAGCCAAGGCAGCGCUACGUCCAAAAAGACGGCAAGUGCAACGUGCACCACGGCAACGUUCAGGAAACCUACCGCUAUCUCAGUGACCUCUUCACUACCGUGGUGGACUUGCGCUGGCGCCUCAGCUUCUUCAUGUUCACUCUGGUCUACGUGCUGAACUGGCUGUUCUUCGGUCUCCUCUGGUGGCUCAUUGCUCUGAUUCGAGGAGAUCUUUGGCACCUAAAUGAGGAGGGAUGGACUCCCUGCGUGGAGAACCUCAACGGUUUCGUCUCUGCUUUCCUGUUCUCUAUCGAAACAGAGACGACUAUAGGCUACGGUUACAGGGUGAUCACAGAGAAGUGUCCUGAAGGAAUCAUCCUGCUCCUGGCGCAGGCCAUUCUGGGCUCCAUCAUUAAUGCCAUGAUGGUGGGCUGCAUGUUUGUGAAGAUUUCUCAGCCCAAGAAUCGAGCAGAAACUCUCAUGUUCUCAAACAAGGCAGUGAUCUCAGUGAGGGACAGUAAACUGUGCCUGAUGUUUCGGGUGGGAGACCUGCGUAACUCUCAUAUAGUAGAAGCUUCAAUCAGAGCCAAGCUGAUCCGCUCAGAGCAGACCAAAGAGGGGGAGUUCAUCCCCCUCAACCAGACCGACAUCAACAUCGGCUUCGAUACGGGAGACGACCGCCUCUUCCUGGUGUCGCCCCUCAUCAUCUCACACGAGAUCAAUGAGAAGAGCCCCUUCUGGGAGAUGUCUCAAGCACAGAUGGAGAAGGAGGAGUUUGAAGUGGUGGUGAUCCUGGAGGGAAUGGUAGAGGCCACAGGCAUGACUUGUCAGGCACGCAGCUCGUAUCUGGACUCGGAGGUUCUGUGGGGUUAUCGCUUCACUCCUGUUCUCUCACUGGAGAAAGGCUUCUAUGAAGUGGACUACAACAACUUCCACAACAUCUAUGAAACCAACACGCCCUCCUGUAGCGCCAAAGAGCUCGCAGCCAAACAGAGAGACAGCCAGCAGCCUUCCCACAUCCCCCCGCCCAGCUCCAAACCCAGACCCCACGCCCUGGACCCGAGCGAGCAGGAGAAAACGCAGGGAAACACCAACAACGGCUCAGCUAACACUCAGGAGCAGAGUCCCUGAGAAAAGCUCCAGAGUACAUACUGAUAAGAGCCUAUUUCCAGCUUCUAUAGACUGAUCCCUGACACUAAACCAAAGAAAUAAAUACACUUCACUUCACAUAUAUUUUUACUCCAGUUGACAGUACAUACAGUGUAUCACAGAAGUGAGUACACCCCUCACAUUUCUGCAGAUAUUUAAGUUUAUCUUUUCAUAGGAAACACUGACAAAAUGACACUUUGACACAAUGAAAAGUAGUCUGUGUGCAGCUUAUAUAACAGAGUACAUUUAUUCUUCCAUCAAUAUAACUCAAUAUACAGCCAUUAAUGUCUAAACGACCCGCAACAAAAGUGAGAACACCCCUAAAUGUCCAAAUUGAGCACUGCUUAUCAUUUUCCCUCCAAAAUGUCAUGUGACUCGUGUAACUAGAUCUCAGGUGUGCAUAGAGAGCAGGUGUGUUCAAUUUUGUAGUACAGCUCUCACACUCUCUCAUACUGAACACUGAAAGUUCCAAAGUGGCACCUCAUGGCAAACAACACUGAGAAUCUUACAAGACAAAUUGUCUACACAACACGAAGAUGGCCAAGACUACAAGGAGAUUGCCAACACCCUGAAACUGAGCUGCAGGACAGCGGCCAAGAUUAUCCAGCGUUUUAAAAGAGCAGGGUUCACUCAGAACAGACCUCGCUUUGGUCGUCUAAAGAAGCUGAGUGCACGUGAAGCUCAGCAUCAUGUUUAAAAGCUGUCUUUGAAAGAUUUUUGAAAGAAGCAUUGCUGCAGAGAUUGAAGAGGUGGGGGGUCAGCUUGUCAGUGCUGGUCUGCAUGACUGUCACCCCAGAAGGAGCCUCUUCUGAAGUCUGUACACAAAAAAGACUGCAAACAGUUUGCUGAAGACAUGUCAACAACUGGAACCAUGUCCUGUGGUCUGAUGAGACCAAUAUUAAUGUGUUUAGUUUAGAUGGUCUCAAGCAUGUGUGGCAACAAUCAGGUGAGGAGUAUAAAGAUAAGUGUUCAUUUCUACAGUUAAGCAUGGUGGUGGGAGUGUCAUGGUCUGGGGCUGCGUGAGUGCAGCAGGUGUUGGGGAGUUACUGUACAUUUCAUUGAGGGACACAUGAACUCCAGUAUGUACUGUGUGAAAUACUGAAGCAGAGCAUGAUCCCCUCCCUCCAGAAACUGGCUCACAGGGCAUGAUAAUGUGUUCCAGCAUGAUAAUGACCCCGAACACACCUCUAAAACAAGCACAGCUUUAUUGAAGAGGCUGGGGGUAAAGGUGAUGGACUGGCCGAGCAUGUCUCCAGACCUAAACCCAACAGAACAUCAUUGGUUCAUCCUCAAGCUGAAGGUGGAGGAGUGUAAAGUCUGGAAUAUCCGCAGCUCAGAGAUGAUCGUCAUGGAGGAGUGGAAAAGCGUUCCAGUGGAACCUGUGAAGCUCUGGUAAACUCCAUGCCCAGUUGAGUUAAGGCAGUUCCUGGAAAAUAACUGGUUUAGACAUUAAUGGCUGUAUAUUGAGUUAUUUU